AUUCGUUGGAGGCGCACGUCUCCGUCCCCGACGAUGCCGCUGCGCUGCCGCCGGGAGGAACGGAUGGAUCCCCUUGGCUUGCCACCCCUGCCCGCUUCGCUUCCUUCCUAUUCCCCCGCGCUACGGCCCCAGGCGCGCUCCUCACCGUCACCGGCCGGCACCGACCCCGCCCCGCCCUUCGCCUUCGCCUUCGCCUUUGCCGAGAUUUAGUCCUGGCAACGCAGAAGAAGUGAUCUUAUAAUCAUAAAAAGAUAACAAUGGGGAUAUCCAAGGUGACCGGCAUCGCCGCGACAGCUUUUCUUGUCACAUCUGUUGGUCUGUGCCAGCUGGGCAUGGGAGUUGUUGUGCUUCCUUUCCUACACACCUGUAUUGUUGCUUUUGUUGUCACGGUUGCAUCCCAUGAUGCCAUCAACCUACCGUGGAUCUUGGGGAAGAAUUCGGUGGGAAGAUUUCCAUUUUGGUCGUUUAUACUGUUUGGUCCUUUCUUGUUGCUUGCUCGGACAUAUGCAAUGGUUAAGAGAUACAUGAGGAAGGAGUCCGUGCAUGACAAGAUCGUGGAAGGCCUAUAUCUGGGAGGAUGGCCCUUUCUCUUGACACAUUUGCCCCCUGGAAGCCCGUCUGUCAUAGAUUGCACCUGUGAGCUUCCAAGAAGUUGCUUCGUUCCAGCAGACGAGUAUCUUUGUCUUGCAACGUGGGAUACAAGAGCUCCAACACCGCACCAAAUUGAAAAGGCUGCACGUUGGGCUUGUGAAAAGAGAUCUGAGGGGAAGCCGGUUUAUGUCCAUUGUGCAUUUGGUCAUGGAAGAAGUGCUUGUGUUGUGUGUGCAAUUCUAGUAGCGCUGGGCGUUGCUGAGAACUGGAAAGAUGCUGAGAACAUCAUCCGUGAACGAAGAAAGAUAAAAAUGAACGCCCUUCACCGGAAAACGUUGGAAGAGUGGUCCAAACAACGAGCUUCUCAGAAAAAGGAUAAGUAGUUGUUUGACCAGAUGCAAAAAGUUACCCUGAAUAUGGUAUUAUUGCCGCAACAUUUUUUUUAUCAACUAUUCCAUAGCUCAUCUGUAUAGUUGAGUGAAAUGAGGAAUAUCAUAGCAGCCCUUGUGUAGGAUCUAUAGAGUACCUAUGACACUGGCAUAGUAACAUAUUGAUUGAGAUUCUAGAUUUGAUGAGAAACCAUAACCUGUAUCACAAAGCCUUCAAGGUUGGCCAGCUUUCCGAGGGCAAGAGCCAUUUGACUCAUGAAGCUCAUGUUGGCGUCGUCAAUCAGAGAUCCACCAGCCAUGGUGUCAGCUAGUGACUGAUGCAGCUGUUCCAAGCCCUGCGAGAGAGCUUCCUCUGCCUGCUGUGAUGACUGUUGAAGGUUGCAUAUGCCGAUCACUUGCUGCUCUGUCAGUGGAUCUAGCUGGGGCAGCAGUGUCUGCAACAAAAUGAAAAUUUGUAUAUGUAUCGGAAUUAGAGAAUCUUGCUGUACUAAGAAGUGAUCUGAUUUAGCCUGAGUUCAUUGUUCCCUACUGUUGGUUGGAAAAUUUCUUGUGAUCUUAGUAUUGAAAAAGUAACACUGCCUGAGUUUUCUA